GCCUCACGCAGUUCGUCUUCUCGGCCAAUCCGGUGCCUCCCCAAAAGAGUUGACGCCGUGCAGCCUAUAAGAAGUUGCCGAAGUUCUUCCUCAAGUAUCAGAAAAAGACUUGUCCUCUCAGGAGCUCAUCUAUGGAUACCCCGGUUUCUUCCGAGCCGCGCAGACCCGCGAGUGGACUAACCUCUUUGACUUCAUGAGAGAGAAACCUUCUGGCCGACGCGCGCCCAAGUGGAGAUGUCUGAGGAGAACAUGGGGGACGAGUCGAGCGGCUCCCCGCUCUCCCCCGUGGACAGCCUGAGCACCGGCGAGGGGGAGCGGGACAGGGCGCCGAAGAGGUGUGGGAGGAAGAGGAGACCGAGCAGGAAGAACGCAGAGGACUCGGACAGCCCGACCCCUGGGAAAAGGGGGAAGAAGUCCACCAUCACCCCCACCACCACCCCCACCAGCACCGGCAGCGGCAGCGGCCCCGGCAGCAGCGGCAGCCCCCAGUCGUUCGAGGAGCUCCAGACGCAGCGGGUCAUGGCCAACGUGCGCGAGCGACAGAGGACGCAGUCCCUCAACGAGGCGUUCGCGUCCCUGCGGAAGAUCAUCCCCACGUUGCCCUCGGACAAGCUGAGCAAAAUCCAGACCCUGAAGCUCGCCUCCAGGUACAUCGACUUCCUCUACCAGGUGCUGCAGAGCGACGAGCUGGACUCCAAGAUGUCAAGCUGCAGCUAUGUGGCGCACGAGAGGCUGAGCUACGCCUUCUCCGUGUGGAGGAUGGAGGGCGCCUGGUCCAUGUCGACAUCUCACUAGCAUCGUGGAGGCAUUGGUGACUGCUGAAUCUACUUAUCACACAAUCUGACGGGACAAACCUGGAGUCCAAUGCUGGAUACAUGGGAUCACUUCUAUUUAAAUCGAAGACGACAGAAGGUCCGGGGAUUAUUAUUAUUAAUAUUAUUAUUACCUUCUUUUUUUUGUUGUUGGUGCAGGGGCCCGACAUGGGACUUGCAGCCGUGUGUUCGCUCCACACGCCUCAUUCGGACGCGUUCCCGUGCUGUUGACGACGAAUGUUGAAAAUAUCGAGUGUUUUUAAAGCUUUUUUUUUUUUUUACUGCAUGCAUUUGGACCUAUUUCUGCAAAGGUCAAAGUGCAUUAUUGAAGCAGUUGUCUAUUUGUGUGUGUGUGUGUGUGUGUGUGUGUGUGUGUGAGACUGUCAACUGGCGGAUCAGCUCACAUUACAGACUGUGGAUCUAACCUGUGUGCAAAAAAAAUAUUUUCAGAAAACAUUUAUUUAUUUAUUGGUGAAACGUGUUUCAUUGAGGAAUGGAUCCUGUGUCUGAACAAGCAAACACAUUCCUUAUUUUAUCAUCGUUUUUUUUGUAAAUGUUUGUAUAUAUUUUUUUGCAUUAAAGAAAAAUCAAUUGGAA